CCCCGACCGAACGAGGCUGGCGGGAUGUACGGCCGCGGCGAGAUCGUGCGCACUUACGCCGCCGGCUCAUCAAUCCCCGUAGGCGUCGAACUCACUGCCAACCACAAGGGCUACUUCGAGAUGCGCGUCUGCCCGGUGAACAGCAACGCGCGUCCAGCCACCCAACGCUGCCUGGACCGCUACAAGCUGCAGCUCUCGGACGGCGGCGGCGUGCGCUACUACCCGCAGCCGGCCUGGAACGGCAAGAUCCAGCUGCGCUACCGGCUGCCCGCCGACCUCACCUGCCGCCAGUGCGUGUUCCAGUGGCGCUACGUGGCCGGCAACAACUGGGGCACCUGCGGGAACGGCACCGAGGGCAUCGGCUGCGGGCCGCAGGAGGAGUUCCGAGCCUGUGCCGAUGUCAGGAUCGUCGACGAGGCCGGCGAGUUUGACGAGACGCGCUACGACUGGGCGGACGGUGAGCUGGGAGGCACGGUGCCGCCCUCGGACGAACGGCAGGCGCUCGUGGCGGAGACCAUCGCCGCAGUGGUCCUCGGAGUGCUCGGCGCGCUCGCCUUCUUUGUCGGUGUCUGCUGCUGGGCGCUGGCGCGGCGCCGCGGCACGCGCAACAACAAGAAGAAACGCGGCGUGACGUUCGGCCGCCAGAUCUUCCUCAUCUCCAACCCGACGCUGACGCGCAACGGGAAGCUGUCCAAGCCGACGGCGGCCGUGUCGCCGUCCGGGCCGGUGGGCGCACCGGGCGACACCAGCGCCAUCUUGGAGGUGUCGUCCAGUGACGGCAGCACGGGCUCGCGCGGAGGCGGCGCACCGCUGCAGUUCGCCGCCGACGACCAGUCGCCCGAGCCGCCGGUGGCGCCGCGCAGGAAACGGACUGCCCGAUCUCCGGCCGGAGAGAAGCCGGCACAGGAGUCGGCUCAGGAGCUGGAACAGGAUCCGCGGCGGGCGGGAGCGCACUUGCACAUCAGCCGGCCCACCCAGGUGACCGUUAACGGUGUCUCCGUGGUGCCCGACCCGAUGCCCGAUGUCGUAACGCACUGAGCUCUGGUGGCGGAGAGAAGAGGCUCAAGUUCUGUCAGCGUGCGCCAGACGGUGUUGAGGUCUGUCAUCGUGGCCUCAGUCGAGGAAAGCGUCCAGUCGUCAUCGGUCUCGGUGAUGUAGCUAGGACAGACGCAGAUGAAACUCACACAUGCAAAAUGUAAAGCGGCGGAACAGUUGACUACGUUUGUGCGUGUGAAAAGCCCGAAUAGGGCGCGAGGAAUGGCAUCUCUCAGGGAUAGCAUGAGAAGGGUUGAAUAUGUUUGUAUUUGUAGUGGGCACGUGCAGUAUACGCUGUGCACCCGGUAAGCAAUAAGCAACAGUAUUCUAUCCAGUGAGACCCAGCUAGGGUUUUAUGUCCUUAAUCAAUGAGAGAAUUCGAAAUUUCGCUUGUUGCCAGCGAACUUUCCAUAAUUCCAGCGUUGAAACCGCCUCGUUUUCGCGGCGUUUGCACCCCACUCGACCUUGCACUUUUUCGCACUCCAUGACAUGUUUUGCGAUGACAAGAUAACUGUUUUUUAACAUGGAUCAGUGAUCACGAUAUGUAAAGGAGUCGCGAACACCGACUAAGAACGAACUUACCUUACCAUGACCAAGCUAAAUGUCAUUCAGUUAAGAGUUACAGUUACCUACCUAUCAAGCGGCUCAGCUUGACAACAUAUCAACCAAUCCUGCCAUUUUUCAGUGACUGUUUCACUUGGGGUCGUUUUUAGAAUGCUUUGUCUCAGAUAUUAUUCCAUGUUUUCUCCUCCGUUAUUUCUCGUCUAGGUCAGCUGCGUGCCUGGGAUAUCAAUUAACGCGAGCGAUUGAGUGCAUUGGCUGAAUAAGUCAGGUGCAGUGCGUAUGAAUGGUUUUGGCGGCCACUGGGAGAUGGUACCGCACUCAUAUUGUACUGAGUAUUGGGUCUAUGGCUGUCAGAAUGAGCCAUUGUCGAUUGCUGCAACAAAAGAACUGAACGUGAGGUAUGUUUGCGUAUCUACUGUCUACGGUCCAUGUGUGUGUGUGUGUUUUUUUU